CCAUAUAAAUAAUAUAUAUCCUUUCAGAUAUGCUAAAACCAUUACCAAAGGAUAUCUCAUUUCUAUGUGUAACGCCUUAUUAUUUUUCUUUAGUUUACCUAUUAUCGAAAUAUUAAUUACAAAGCAUGAAGAUUCAGAUAAUUUUACUAUGAACUUUCCAUUUGCUGCAUCAUAUCCUGUGGCUUUUUAUAAAUUUCCCUUGUAUGAGGUACCAUUACAUUUCACUUGCGUUACAAACACGAUUUAAUUGUAGUUACUAGUUUAUAAAUAUAAUUUCAUAUAUAGAUUGCAUAUGCAUCUCAAAUAUUGGCAACAAGUAUUUGUUGUUUGGUCAUGCUUGCAACUGAUGGUUUAAUUGCAACUGCUCUACUUCAUACAUGCGGACAUUUUGCGGUACUUAGAAAAAAUGUGAAACAACUUGAUUCAUACAUCUAUCGUGUAUGUAUUGUAUUCUACUAUAUAUAUGUAUAUAAUUGUAAUGUUAUUUAUUUUAAAAUAAUCCAAUUAUUGCAGAUAACUCGUUUAAAGACUAAUUCAAAACACAUAAAUGCAAAUUUAUACGAAAUCAAAAUUCAAAUAAUACAUGUAAUCAAACAUCAUCAAGUAGUGCUUUGGUUUUGCGACAAUAUGGAAAAAAAUUUCCAUCUAAUACUCUUUUUACAAGCAAUGAUCAGUAGUCUCCUAAUUUGUUUCGUCGGAUUUCAGGUUUCUGCAGUACGCAUAUUUACAGAUUUAAAAAUUGUAAUAAAUCAUAAGCAACUUAUUAUAUGUUAUUUAAUACAUAUUUUUGCAUUACAGACGUUAAUGGAACAGUCUAAAAUGAUUAAGUUUGCUUCUCAUUUAAUCGUGGCAUUUUUUCAAUUAUUACUUUUCUGUUUUCCUGGAGACAUGUUAAUACAAGAGGUGGAUGAUAUUAUAUAAUUACAUAUGUAUAAGAAUAGAUGUACUUAAUUUUAAGUGUAAAAGAGUUUCAGUAUAAGCACAGCUGUAUAUUCCAUACAAUGGUCUCAAUUAGCAACUUUUAUUAAA